AUGGCAGGAUUAAAAUCUAUUAUUGCUCUAUCAUUGGUAUUAGCCUUGGGUUUCCUGCUUGUGAUCCUAAGUUGUGCACUUUGGGGUAACUGGUUACCAUUGUUAUCUGCAUUCCUAUUCGCGUUUGCACCUCUACCAAACUCAAUUGCUAGCCGAUGCGGCAGUUACUCAUACUCAAGUUAUGAUGAACCUAAUACCGCAUUACAAGAUUUCGCUAGAUUCUUCACUUCUAUCACUUUAGUUACAGGCGCUGCAUUACCACUUGUCUUAGCUCAUGCAGGUAUAUUGGCAACGACAUCAUCGAUAAUGUCAGUCAUUGGUGGUGCAUUAAUCUAUAUUACUAUUAUCGCAUUCGGUAGCUCGUUCCAAUCAGGAGAAUCUGACGAAUUUUAA